AUGCUCUGUCUCCCCUUAUCCAUGAUCAUGGCAGAGAAUCUAACCCACCAUAUCGUUGCCGUUGAGGCUGUCCAUUGCCCAAUCCCUGAAUUUGAUCUGCCAGGCCCACAUACUCGCGCAGUCCACCGAUGGACCGAUCCUGUUGAUCUGCCCAGCCGCGUCAAAGAUGCUACAAUCAUCGCGACAACGACGACGCGCCUAACGGCGGAGACACUCAGCGCCGAAGUCACCCCCAAGCUCCGCCUCAUAGCAAUCAUGGCGACUGGCACAGACUGCGUUGAUGUAGCAGCUGCGUCCGCACGAGGAAUCACCGUGUGCAACUGUCCCGGCUCGAACAUUGACAGUGUCAGUGAACACGCCAUUGGGCUUUCCUUCGCCACUCGACGGAAGUUCAUUGAGCUCCAUAAUGCCACAGUUGCAGUUCAUGUGGACUUAUCGCUUGAUACUGAGUGA